GAGAAGAGGGAGGAGGAGGACUCAGGGAGUGGCCUCUGGGAGUGGCCACUCCGCGUGGCUGAGAUCCGUUCCAAAAGCCACGCUCCGAACUUUCUUUUUACCCCACCUACCCAGCCAGCUUCUCCCCACGCCGCACACUUCAUCACCCCGCUCUCCGGACUCUCAUUGCCGUCUCGAUCGUGGUUCCACAGAGGAAUAAAGUCGUAAGCAAGCCAACGCUGUCCGCGAUGGCUGCGUCCGCAUUGCGUUCUGCUAUUGUCUUCUUGCUGCUCUCGCUCGCCCUGUCGGCACCCACCCAGAAACCAGGGUUAAGCGACGAUGACCUCUUUGAUUUGUACGACGACGACGACAAUGAUCCGAAGCCAACGACCAAAUCCCAGACCACAACAACCGCUGCCACUACUACAACGAAUAAACCCCCACCCCCAAAAUCAAUGGACGACCUCGACCUUCUGGACUUUGGAGAUCCGGGAAAGAAAUCCGACACGCCCACCAAGCCCAAAGACAACGACGUUCCAUCGAGGUCCGGCGGUGGCGGUGGUGAGUUCAGCGACGAUGAUCUGUUUGGGGGUGGAGAUCCCAGCAACAAGCCAGUGAUUCCAGCAAAGCCCAAGACGGAUCACAAUUUUGAUGGAACCAACAGUGGAUCCAUCAGUGACGACGACCUCCUCGACAUCACGGGGGGGAAGAGGCCAGCGGGGGGCGGUGGCAGUGGCGGCAGUGGUGCCCGCGGAGGCAACAUCCCGUCUCCUACAACCGGACCGGACGCAGAUGCUGCGGUUCCUGGGACGGUCGCGGGGAUUCUGGGAGCGCUGGCGGCCGCGAUCCUAGCGGGCGGCUCCAGUUUUGUGGCGUACCAGAAGAAAAAGCUGUGCUUCAAGGCCCCCGACGACGGCGAGGGUCAACCUGACGGGCAGCGGGGUGAAGAUCCUCAACUUAUGAACAUUAUCUGCCCCAUAGUUUUCAGCGCUCUGCUCAGCCAGGCGUCCCGGUUUUUCUCCGGAGGCGGCACGCAGCAGCAGCAGCAGCAACAGCAGCAGCAGCAACAACAGCCUGGAUCGCCCCUACACGAUGGUUAUGUCGACGAGGAGAAGGUGUAAGGACACGUUUCAACCGCCCGGCAAAACCAAACCAACCAGCCUCCUUUGCCGUCGCCGCCACCACCGCUCAAGGCUCUGUGAAAAUUGGCACCACGAAAAAGUUUGCCAGGAAACGAAAUGAAUGGACGGAAGUUGCUUGUGCAUAUGUUUUUUUUGCGGUUGUUGCUGUAUCAUUCUCAAAUGUGUUACUCGGGCUGGUUGUUAGUCGUCGUGCUGUCCCGACGUUUCCUAUCCAUGCGCUGUGGCGCACCUUAAAGUUCGUUUUCCCGAAGAAGCUCCCCAGCGCGUGGAGCGAGACGUCGGACGUCGUGCCGACGUCGGACGUCGUGCCGACGUCGGACGUCGUGCCGACGUCGGACGUCGUGCCGACGUCGGACGUCGUGCCGACGUCGGACGUCGUGCCGACGUCGGACGUCGUGCCGACGUCGGACGUCGUGCCGACGUCGGACGUCGUGCCGACGUCGGACGUCGUGCCGACGUCGGAC